AUGCCGCCGCCCCGGGAGUCAUGGCGACCAGGUUCCGCUCGCACGCGCUCAGUGCAGUCCAGCGCCACCCAGAGCACGUCUCUCCUGAACGAGAAAAACCGCAUCGUCCGCAGUAAAUCUGACGGUCAAAGAAGUCCGAGUGAUUCUGUUUUUCUGAGGAUGGAUGACGUCCCGUACAUCAGAGAGGACCGCGCUGAGACCGACACCAACCCCGACCUGGUUUCCGGCCUGGACUCGGACACGUCUCCGUUCCUCAGCAGCAGCGGUCUGUCCAUGAGCGGAUCUGAAGAUACGCUGGGAAAGAAACUGCUGCUGAAGCUCAGUCACAAAAAGAGGAAACGGUCUCGUGAGGGAGAGCGGACCCCGGAGGACAUCUCGGAGCAGCCGCUGGUCGAGGCUUGA